UCCCCAGUUCUUCCAGUCUGUGUGUAGUAUUUAGCUGGGUAUCAAUCAGAUACAUUAAGUUCCAUUUUAUCCCAUCCACUCCUGGCAGCCUCCCUCCCUCUUGUUGUGAUGCAAUUCUUAUCACUGCCCCCCUUGUCUUGUUGUGACAGCCCUGAUAUUGUUUAUUGAGGUGGAUGUCAGGUGUAAUUAGCAAUCGAUAUGGAAAACGUUUCCUGCAAGCCACGUCUCUGACGUCAUAGCCGAUUAAGGUUUCUUAUUGGUCCCAAAUUCCCCAAGCCUGGGCUAAUUAUUGUGUGCUUGAUGUUCAUAAAGUAAAGCUCAUCUGUGACUUGAAGCAUGUCUCCUCCUUACUGGUCACUGCCACUGCAUGCUUACUAAGGUCCUACAAGGAAGCUUGCAGCUGUGGCAGCUCUAUCCCGGGAGAUGAUGGACAGUAGGAUCCUUGAUCAUUCUCAUGCCCAGUUUGGGGGCUCCAUGAGUGGGAUGGUGGGCUUUCCUUACCCCCUCAGUCAUCACCAUGUGUAUGAGAUAGCCAGCCACCAGCUGCAGUCUGCAGCAGUCCCCUUCUCCAUAGACGGAUUACUGAGCAGCUCCUGCUCCGCUUCUGUGGUCAAUCCGACCCCUCUGCUGCCUUCUGGAUGUAGCAUGAACGGAGACAGCCAACAGUACAAGCUGGCAGAUUCUGGUGAUCCAGACAAGGAAAGCCCUGGGUGUAAAAGAAGACGGACAAGGACCAACUUUACUGGGUGGCAGCUGGAGGAACUAGAAAAAGCCUUCAAUGAAAGUCAUUAUCCAGACGUCUUCAUGAGAGAAGCUUUGGCAUUAAGACUAGACUUAGUGGAAUCAAGGGUUCAGGUUUGGUUCCAAAACCGUAGAGCAAAGUGGAGAAAGAAAGAGAAUACAAAGAAAGGACCUGGAAGGCCUGCACAUAACUCCCACCCCACCACCUGCAGUGGAGAACCCAUGGACCCCGAGGAGAUUGCCAGAAAGGAGCUGGAAAAAAUGGAGAAGAAGAAAAGGAAGCAGGAGAAGAAGAUGCUGAGGAACCAGUCUCGCCACCAGCACUCUCCCAGUAUGUCUCUCCAUACACCCAGCUCUGACAGUGACAGUGGCCUCUCCCAGACUCAGGACUCUUGCUCAAUUGAGCCCAGCAUCUCAGAAAUGGGACAAAGAGACCAAACCCAAUCGAGCUGUGACCAAACAGGGCAAGCCUUCUUCCAAAGCCAAAGAAACACAGGACAGAAAGACAGGGUCAGUGACAAGGACUCACCAACAGAGGCGAACCACAACUCAGGCUUGUGCCCAAAUGGUAGAGGUCCUGGAUUCCAGAAGCUGAAUCCUUUCAGUGUGGAAAGUCUCCUGUCUGACUCCCCACCAAAAAGAAAGACAGGUAUGGACUUUCCUGGGUUAUCAAGCCCCAGGACCUUGAUUGGCAAGGGGCAUUUUCUUCUGUAUCCCAUCACCCAACCUCUUGGAUUCAUAGUACCACAGACUGCCCUUAAAGCAAACUCUACCCAGGACAUGGGCAGCCCACGACCAAAAGACUCCGUCCACGACAAUAACUCGGGUCAAAGUAUCUCCCCAAACAACAAACACAACAUUUAUUCUGGGAAAAAUACGAACUCAUCUUCACAGGUCAGUCUAACUGUCUGCAAGGCUGAAACCAGUUGCCAUCUAGGGGUCACCACCACCAAUACUGUCCAGGCUGGCCAGGGGGACACGGCAGAUGGACAGAUGGACAAUUCAUUGACCCAACCAAAAUCUCCCCUGUCCCCUGCAAGUGACAGCAAACCCAGAAUCACCCCUGACUGUUCUGAGGAAACCACAUCCCCUUCCAAACCUAGCAUAGACUGUGAAAACAUAGAUUUGGACUAAUCCCCCCUCUCCACCAAAACCCCCCGUUUUUUUUUAAAGGACUUUUCACAGACUUCAAACAUUCCCAAAGGUGAACCCUCAAAAUAUCUAACAGUUUCUUAACCACUGCUCCCCAGACAACCUGUAGAAAAAAAUAGUAUUUACUAAUCAGGUGCAAUUAUUUUAGUGAGAACAACACGGUUAAUUAGCAGUUUCAACUUAAUAGGAGAGAAGUGUAAUACUUUAUCAAAACAUUUCCACAAAGGAGUUAAAAAAAAAGCAACGGAAAAUCCUCACUCUUGUAAAAUGCAAAAAUGUAUACAAAUAUUUAUAUAUGUAAAACUUUUUUUUUUUAUAAAUAAAGACGAAAACUGUGUUUCA